AUGAAAGCUUGCCCAUGUUGUGAGAUGGAAGAUGAGGAUGCCCUUCAUGCAAUGUGGCUUUGUCCAGCUGCCAGAGACGUUUGGGGUAGUUCUGUAUCUGUUUUCCAAAAGUAUUGUUAUGCAGGUACCAAUUUUAAAGGGCUUUUCGCUUAUUGCGUGGAACGUGGUACAAAGGAAGAACUGGAGCUAAUGGCAGUCAUUGCUAGACGCAUCUGGUUACGUCGAAAUGCAUGGUUAUUCGAGAGGCGUUUUGAUCAUCCCAACACAGUCUAUAAUGAAGCUUCAAGGUCACUUUUGGAUUUCAGAAGAUGCAACAUCAAAGAAAAGGAGUCGUCCUUUUCUGCAGGAAGGGAGGAGGCACAAAGUAGAAAACAAACAAGCUGGAUUCCUCCACCAGAUGGUGUGAUUAAGGUGAAUUGGGACGCAGCUUUAAAUGUGGAUAAGGGAUGGAUUGGUCAGGGCAUCAUAGCACGUGAUAGUAAAGGAUUAUGCAUGGGAGCCAGGAGCAUAACGCAACAGGUGAAGACUGACCCAAAAACGGCAGAUUUAAUGGCAGCUUUGCAAGCUAUGCAAUUCAGCAAAGAAGCUGGUUUCUGGGAGGUGAUUGUCGAAGGAGAUGCAGCUCAAGUGGUCAAGGAAAUUUUGUCGGACCCUCCUUUGUUUUCAAAGGCGGGACAUUUUAUUGAAAGCAUUCAACAGGAGAUGCACCAUUUUCGGUCAACCAAUUUUCAAGCUAUUCCACAUGAUUGUAAUACGGCUGCUCAUAAUCUAGCAAAGAUGGCCUCUCAUAAUAAUAUAGAUCUUUAUUGGCUGGAAGACACCCCAUUGAGUGUUAGUAACAUUGUUUUUAGGGAACAACCGGGUCCCUAA